AUGACUUAUGCCUGGAGGGUAGACGAUGUGGCGAGAGACGAAGUUGGCGUGUCGAAUCCCAUCGUAUAUGAGAAUAAAUACGAAUUCUGCGGAUAUAGUCUCAGAAUCUCUCGAUUCAUCAAUGCUAACCUCGGCUUUUCUGCUUAUGUCUGGGAAGCUGGGAUUGCUCUCUGCCAGUACUUUCAGAACGAGAAGAUCAGUUUCACUGGCAAGAAAGUGAUUGAGCUGGGAUCGGGGACGGGAAUCGUAGGGAUUUUAGCGACUUUACUCGGUGGAGAUGUAACCAUAACAGAUAAACCGAACAUCCUGAAACAAAUAGAAAACAAUGUCUCCAUCAAUGUUCCUGCUGCCUGCCAACAUCGUGUGAAAGUCCGCGCCCUGACAUGGGGUGAAGACCAAACUAAAUUUUCUACUGUCUAUGAUUUCGUACUAGGUUCGGACAUUGUUUAUAGCUCAGUUUCCUACCCGGCAUUAAUAGAAACUUUACGCUAUCUCGCCAGGCAAGGGGCCACAAUUUACCUCGCUACUGAAAUACGAAGGAGUAAUGAUUCUGCACUUUUCCAUGAGAAACUCUUGCCUCGGUAUUUUAACUGCCAGGUCGUUGAAAGUUUAGAGACAAAAAGCAUCAUUGUGUGCAAACUGAGCAAACUUGCGACAACUCCUGAGGAUUGA